AUGGUCACCUCAUCCAUCGACGCAAAUCCCCUCGACCCAGAAACCAUGUACAAAUAUGGCCAGAGAACUCCCAAAGAGCCCAAAAUGAGUGAUCUGGACGUGAUCAUGGACCGAAAUGUUGCACCAUCUCCUCGAUCGACAUGCGCGGAGCUCGCUCACCAACAUGCCCUUGAAGAUCUUCAUGAUCUAACGGAGCAUACCUCUGAACAACACUCGAUCGAUAAAACAGAUGUGAGCUCUUCUCGUCGCUCUUCGGAUCGGGGUACUCAGUAUGAUGAGCCUCGCAAGCCCGAGGAAUGA